AUGCCAAACGAGAUGAACAGCAUCACAGUCACUCGCCAGCAAGUGGCCAAAAUGAUUGACCACUCUCUCCUCCACCCGACAAUGACAGACGAGGACAUUCUCUCUGGUCUUGGCAUCGCCAAAAAAUACAACGUGGCGACCGCCUGUGUCAAGCCAUACUUGAUCCCCAUGGCCAAGAAGGAACUAGAGGGCACAGACGUUCUUGUCUGCCCCGUCGUUGGAUUCCCCCAUGGCAACAGCACAACCCAAGUCAAGGUGCUCGAGGCCGAGGCCGCAGCCAAAGCCGGCGGCAAGGAAAUCGACAUGGUCAUCAACAUUGGCAAAGCCCUGAGCGGGGAUUGGGACUAUGUCGCCUCCGAGAUUAAGCAAAUCAACACCGUCGUCACGCAAUCCGGCGCCGCGCUCAAGGUUAUUUUCGAAAACGAUUUCCUGCAGAACGAGCACAUUAUUAAACUCUGUAGGAUAUGCUCAGACGUUGGCGUUGCCUUUGUGAAAACGUCGACGGGCUACGGGUUUGUCAAGAGGCCCGACGGGCUGUAUUCGUACAAGGGCGCAACGGUGGCUCACUUGAAACUCAUGAGGGAAUUCUCCAGUCCGCAAGUUCAGGUCAAGGCUGCUGGGGGUGUUAGGACACUGGACGAUUUGCUGCAUGUCAUGUCUUUGGGUGUCACGCGAAUUGGCGCCACGGCCACCGAGGCCAUUAUGACGGAAGCUGAGAAGAGAGGGAUUACGGAUGAACCCACGCAGGUUACGUUUAAGCCGAUGGACGAAGGGGUGGCGGGAGCUUACUAG